AUGCAUUAAGCAAUUGAGUAUGAAAAUGAAUCUUAGCAAUUAAAUUAAUGUCCAAUCUGCUAAGAAUACAAAGGAGAUAAUUUUGAUUUAGAAUGCAAACAUCGAUUCUGCAGGUAUAUAUAUUAAAUUAAUAUAGAAAUUGUUUGGAAUAGUAUUUAAAUGUAAAAAUAGAUGAAGGAAUAGUGAUGCAUAUUAGGUGUCCUUCCUGCUCAUAUACCAUCUCUUAUGAAGAAGUAGUUUAAAUUAUACAAAAAUUAAAACUCGCAAAAUUUGAGAAAUUCAGAACCUAAUACAAGGGUGAAAAUAACCCAAGUAUGAGACAUUGUCCCAAUAAAUCCUGCGAUUUAUAUGUACUUUUGGAUACCGAUAGAUGUAUAUGUGGUUAGGAAAUAUGUAAGGAUUGUGGAAAUGAAUCCCAUGGAUUUAGUAGUUGUAAUAAAUUAAUGGACGAAAUAUUUGUAUUGGAUAGCAGACAAGAAAAGAUCUAAAGAUGUCCAAAAUGCAAAAUUAUUGUUUAAAAGGAAGGUGGAUGCAAUCAUAUGACAUGUAAAAGAUGCCAAUUUCAAUUCUGUUGGAUUUGCAGAAGAUAAUAUACAUGUAUAUUAUACAUUGCAUUAUGUAGGUAAACAUUAUAAUAAUUACAAUUACAUUUUUGGAUGUCCCAAUAAGCAAUACACUAAUACCAUGCCAUGGAGAUAUCCAAAAUUAUAUAGAAUACUGCCCUUUGUUUUAUUACUCAUAUUCUCACCGCUUUGGAUCACCUUGGGUAUUUUAUUGCUUAUAUUGCAUCCUUUUUCCGGAUCCUAUUACUUAUUUAAUCAUUCUGAUAGCAUGGCAGCAGUUGGUAGGUACAUACAUUAAUAAACUUUAGGCUAUCACGAAUUCAAAUGCUAUUGAUCAGUUUUUUUGUGUAUUUUAUUGGGGGAAUCGUCCUUUACCCCUUUGUUGUCUUAUACGAAUGUAUAGUACUACUAGUGUUUUUAUUGUCUUUGCUAAUCAGAUUUAUUAAGAGCAGAAGGAAUUUUUGA